CCCCAAGUCCAGAAUCGCACCUUCCAGUUUCACUCCAGUGAAGACCACUUCACACAGACGUACCUGCGAAUUUGUGUUUCUUCAUUUUUCUUGCAAAUCAGGCCAAACACCGCGAAUUGAUCACACAACCGCGUCAGCGAUUAACAUUGGCUAACUAAAUAUGGAGGAAGCAGUCGAGGAAACCCAUGCAGGCGCGAUCCGCAGCGACGGCGAAGGCACGAUCCGCGGCAACGGCGACCUCAUUUUGGUGAUCGGUCCGGAACAGGUGCGCCUUAUGGUGUGCUCGCAGGUCCUACGGUGCGCUUCCAAGGUUUUCGACGUCAUGUUUGGCCCACACUGGUCCGAAGGGUGCGAUCUGUCUAGCACAUCGCCCAAAGAGAUCCCGCUGGAGGAAGAUAACGCCUCGGCCAUGCGCACCAUCUGUUGUGUUCUCCACCACCGGAACGACAUGGUGUCAGACGAACCCACGCCAGACGAGAUUCUGAAAAUCGCCAUCGAGGUGGACAAAUAUGACCUGGCCGUUGCGCUCAAGUUCCAGCUCGCCCAGUGGCUGCAGCCACCCAAGACCAACCCCAACCAGCCCCAGCUCGAAAUGACAGAUUUGGGACGCCUGAUGGCAGCAGCAUUCAUUCUCAGGAAGAAAGACGAAUUUGCGUCGUACACUCUCGAUCUCGUCAUGAACUAUACGGGCUCCUACCUGGACCUCCUCGAUGAGGACACAAUGAAUGAGUCAAUCCCAUUCAAGAUAGUCUACCUACUGGAGGAGCGAAGAAAUCAGAUGCGAGCUGAUCUCUGGAAGCUGUUGCUCGACGGCGUGAAGCUGGGUUGCACGCAACCAUCUCGCUGCGCCUGGCGAGGAAGCCCCGUCGACUCGUGCAGAGAAUUGCUAGACAUGUUUGGCCCGUCCAAGCAGUUUAAAAAUUCGAUUUCGAGCAUGGCCGAGAAGAUAGGGGGCAUCCAUAAAGUGGAAUCCUACCAGUGCGGUUACAAGCACCACGCAGAGUUCAAGGGCUAUCGCGAGGAUGUCGAGAUGGCCAAGACAUGGGCCACCAUCUGCACCGACUGUGUGCAAAGCGGCAAUUACCCGACGAAGUGCACUUUCAAGCAUAAGUGAGACAGACUUUGCGACCGCCUUGUGUAUACACGUAUUAAUUAUAUACAAGGCCGCUCUGAAAGGCAGAUGAUGAAUUGAGAGGAAGAACUUGCGCCAAAGGCGGAUAAUCGCGUUCAAGGCUUGAUGUGGAAUGCCAAAGCCCAGCCUCCUUUUCACAAACGCCCCAGGAGGUCUAAAAGCUUUUUACAGGCCAGGUUCAUCCUAAUGCGUCGGAUUUUCCAUUUCUUUCCAUCAUUUUAGGUACCUAAUCAUCACCACUGCCACCCCGUCCCCGUCGUCCUCCCUCAGUGUCGUCUGGAAUUGACCCACUUUUCAUGGAAUUGGACAGGCCCUGGUUGACAUGCCUUUGAGCUUCCUUCAUUCUUUGUUAUU